AUGCAGUAUCCUUACGAGCAUCAGCAAGAAAUGCGAACGUUCGAUCAAGAGCAGUCAAUGAUUGUCGACGAUAUCUAUGAUGAUUCCUCACAGUCCAGAACGGUGAUGAUAACACAGGCAUUCGGAAACGGCUUUUUCGCUACGUUGUUCUUUCUACUAUUCCUUUACUUUCUGGCACGAUAUAUCAAAAAACAUAUCCUAAUUGGAGACGAUUCAUCAACAGCAACUGUGGAAAAUGGUCGCUGCCCACAAUAUGAAGCACCACCACCGUCUUAUGAGGUCAACACAACGUUCACAAUUUCUCUUUCGCAUCCGCUAGCCUCCUCAUCCUUACCCAUUCCUUUUCAUAACUUUCACGGCCAAGUAUGA